CAUCGAUGCCAUGUGCUGUAUGUACAACACAGAACACUUGUUUUGCACCGUACGUAGCCAACCGUGCAAAUCGGAGCUGGAAUAAGAAUGAAUGGAGACUGAUAGCAUCAUUUACACUGAAUCUUGAUUCCGAAAACAUCUGAAUGGCUCGAGGAUUUGGCGAUUUUAAUCGCGCUGCUUAACAAACUUUAUCGAUUCCGUGACCGUUGGGGGCUCUACGAAAAUCGAUUUUCAAUUAGAACGACGAAAGGAUUCGCGACUCCAUUUCUCUCGUCCCCCUCACCCGCAACAGACGAUGUCCGGUGGACCGCUCUGGGUCCUGCCACUAUGAGGGGUGGACAGUCGUCUACACGGGGCAGGAGACUACCAAACAACAUGUGAGUAGGGGUGAGUCGGGUGAGUGGCCAUGGCCUCGUUCUUUGGAGAGGUGCUGCCCGUGUUUUCACGAGCGGGGAGCGACGACGAGAGCGGAGAUGACGAGGAGAGUGAAGAGGAGGACAGUCGUGUGGUGAUGUCGUGGAGUGAUGGCGCAAUCCCAUCCUCCUGCUGCACACUCAUCCUCGCUACAGGAGAACACGCUCUCGGGUUCGUGCAAGUAUUUGUGCUGGGUUUGGGGGGUCAAUCAUGGGUGCAGAGGGGGUCCUUGCACCCACAGGGCACGACCCCUGCCCCCCCUGCACCCCCCGGGGAAAAGUGGGGGGUGCAGACGUGUCGCGUCUACCAACACAGAGAUUCACCAGAGGUGUGGGUGGCACUGUGUGCUUACACCAUCCCAGAGGAGCUGCUUCAUGAUUGGGCGAAGCAGUUGGUGACUUUGGCUGACCCUGUGCGGGGCCGGGUCCUUGUACUGUCUGGACUGCGGGCAUCGGAGCUACUGGUUGCACCACUCGGAAGGACCCUGAGCUCUGCCCCCUGGAAGGACCCCUUGGCAUGGCCCCUCCUCCCUCCCCCCAUGCAUGCAACUGGGCUGCCUGCUGCAGUGGUGAGCGAGGCAGUGCUGAGGGCAGUGCCAGUCGCCCUGUAUCUCCUCUACUCGGAGGCCCCUGCCCCCGACCUCCCCAGCACCCGUGCCUUCCUGCCGGUCCUGAGUCUCCCACCUCUCACAGGCCUCACUCCGCUCUCAGCACCAAGCCUUCCGCAGCUGCAGAUGUUGAUGAAGCCACCGGCCUUACCCAGCAACAUCUAUACAUAGACCCAUAGCCUCACAGAGACAUAUAGACUGACAGAGACCAGACUCGCAUUAAGACCUAUAUACGAAUGUAGAAGACCCAUCGACUCACUUAGAGAACCAUAGACUUGCAUAAAGACCCAUUGAAUCACAGAGACCCAUAGACUUUUAUAGGGACCCAUAAACUUGCAUUUGAGACCCCAAAGACUCACAGAGAUGCAUAUACUCACAUAGAGACUCAUUGACUCACACAGAAACCCAUAGACUUACAUGAGGACCCAUAGGGUCACAUAGACCCAUAGACUCACUUUAGAAUCUUUGGGUUUCUAUAUGAGUAUGUAACCUUGCACAAUUUAAGGAAUUUGUCAGUUACCUAAUUAAACAUUUUACAGUGCUGUUUUUUGCUGGCGACUGGGCGUUUUGGGAAUUUGUUCCUGUGCUCAAUUGUGAUUAAAAAUAAAGUAACGCCAAUCACA